AGGAGGUACGAGCCGGCUCGUGGCGGCUGUUUGCCCGUUCAUGUAACUCUCUUUUCUGAACUUUACCCAUGCUAAAUGUCCUGAUAUUUACCGUGACCCUGGACUUAACAACGAUGAAGCCGAAACAGUGAGAUGGAGAAAAUCUCAGCAGAAGAUGACUGUGUGGAUUCAGGAGCCGAGACCGGAGGGUGAGUGAAGCUGAACUGCAACUGAGAAAUGAGUGAUUCAGAAAAAAGGACCUGAAAUUAUGAGGAUAGUCUGACAACUUUUUCAAACACAGGGACUUUGAAAAGGGCAGUUUUAGCUAAUUACAGGUUAAGUUUGUGUGGUUAAGCAUUAGGUGAAAUUUAAACCAAUAUGAAGAACUUACUGAGUUGAUAAUGGGUUAUUUUUGUGUUGAAAAAGCAAGCUAGACAUAAAAAAUCAUUAUAAAGUGUGUGCCGAAUUCAAAAGAGUCACAGAAUAAAGGGACAGUUCAUGUUUAAGUUGUGUAUAUUGUCCAGUUAGAAAGGUUAUUUCUAAAAUUUGGUGUUUUUCAGUAGAGGUUUGGUGACCGGAUCUGAUCGUACCGAACCAAACGUUAACGCGCGUGGACCAAAUAAAAACAGAUGGCAAACGGUUAUGUAAUCUGUCCAUUUCGCACUUUUAUCAAUUUUAUAAAAAAUUACCGCAGUUUUUUUCUCUACAUUGAUGAAAAUAAUGUUUGUCAUCAUAAUUAUUUUAUAUUUCAUAUUGUGAUAUAGUAUUAUAUUAAGGAGGUGGUGUGAUCCUUAUGCCUCACUGCAAAGUUAAUCUUAGUCACUUAACCUAAUGAGAGAACAGCCACACUAUAGAGAGAGCUUAAUUCAUGACUGUUUUGACAACAGAUAGUUAAAUGACUGUGUUGUUCUCUCUGUUUUCAGCCAUUAGACAAAGAUGAGCCUCACUUUCUUCUCUGGUAUGUCACUGAUGGAUGUUGUAGAUCUAGAGUUGUAGUAGUAAAGGGCCUAUGUCUUUGUGUGAAUGUUUAUGUGACAAACAUUUAUCCCAUUAAAAUAACAACUCCCAGACUCAGAUCUGUUUCAUGACACUAACUAACAUAUUCAACAAAGAAAAUAUGUUUGACCACAAGGUUUUCAAUAACUUAGACGUGUAUUUGGAAAGUAUACUGAUUUGGGAUACUGUACGUGUAACUCAUGUCCAGGUUCUUUGUCCAGUCAUCAUGGUCAAUACCUCAACACCAUGAUUAGUUGUUACGAUGUAUGGGUAUUAUAUUUAAAUAAACUGCAUUUAAAUGAUUCUAUAUGAACUAGGAAAGCAAAAAAACUGAAUUUAAUCAAAAAACAUAUAUAAUGAAAGUUCCUUAUAGGAGCUUUAAGUAUUCAAAGUUUGUUAUUUUGAGUGUCAUCGGUAUCAAAAAAGGCACAAAUUGCUCUCCUACUGAGGAGAUAUCCAGUUUUAACCAGCCCCCUAGAUCUCUUUUGGGCCAUUUGAGGGACACAUUUCCAGCUUAAGUGCUUGAAUGCAGUGUCUUUCUCCACUUAUCAUUCGUACAUUAAGUAGGGUUAAGCUCCAAGUUUCUCUGUACAAACAAGCACUUAUUAAGUGAUUCAAUGACUAGAUGUGAAUGGGCAAGAUUCAGCCUAGGAGCUAAUCUUGAUGUUGAUGUUGAAAGUUGUCUUCAAUAACAUAAUAAAGUUAUAAGGUCAACAAAAUAAGAUCAACAUGCAAAUGAAAAUAACUAAUUGUAACGCAAUAAAACAAUUAAAGAAUUAAGGUUAAAAAAAACAUUUUAAAAUACAAAAACAUGAAAGGAUUCUGGUCUUUUUUAUGUUUGAAACCUGGAAAAGUAAUUUAGCAGCAGUUCCUCUUUUCUGAGUUGUUAGAGUCACCUGCAACCAUGCUAUUUCAUUAGCCGUGAACUGGAACCAAACAGCAUGAUGUGUGUCUGUGUCAUGGGAAAAGCAGCAUAUCAAAAAGCCCACUGUGAGAGGAAAAGCAGGGAGCUGAUAACCAGAGAACCACCGCCUCCAUCAGGUCACAUCCUCCACCUUUCCUCCCUCGCUCCACUUCCUCUUCUGCUCCUGUAUCCACUGUUUUUACUCAUUCUCCUCUUUGUGGUCUGACCCUGCUGUCAUCCAUCUGUCUUUCCUCGUGAUUUUUACGGCAUUUCAGAACAAGACCAGGACUUUUACAGGAUAAAAAACAGGAUUUGUAUGAAACUUUUUGUAUGUGACCAAUAUGCUGGAACCACACUCAACAAAGGGCUUUAGUAGAGAGAAGAUCUGAUGGCUUCAUCUAAUGAGAAAUGGGUCUAUCGUAGGAUCAGUGAGAAAAACACACAAACUGCUCACACUGUUUUUCCCCUGGUGUUGACAUUUGACUUUUUUUUGUUCUGUAAUGUUAGUUAAUGAGAUCAAUAUCCGAUGUUUGGAAAUGGGAAGUAUUGACAGUAAAAAUGAGAAACUUCAAGUCUAAAUUUGGAAUUUGGCAUGUGAGCUGUCUGUACUAGGUUUCAACUGUCAUCAUACCCAGAUCCAACCUACCCGGCCCCCUCCUAAACCAAGGAUAAAGAUUUAUAGUAGUACAUCAGACACUGUCAGUCACCUGCUAUGAAGUUCAAACAUUAAAAGCAGUUCCUACAAAUAUUCAGGCCUGAUUGUGCAGAAGUUAUUAUGAUUAUCAUCAUUAUUGUUAUUAUACCAAUAAAAUAUCUGGAGUUAAGGAACUAAAAUUUGUAACUUCAAUAAAGGAAACUGUGUUUUUACUUUCCAACUAAACAUCAGUCAUCAUUGUUUCUUUAAACUGUGACCUGAAGGUAACAAGACCUUGGCUGAAAAGGUGGCAGGCCAUAAAAUGCAUGAGUUAUGAUUUAGGAAAGUCAUAACUAUGUGGAUUUAUCCUUUCACUACAUAAUCAUUUCUCUAUCUUUGUCUUUUUUUGUCCUCGUCUCGUCCAACCUGAUUAAAGAAGAGACGAGUGAGUCUGUUAAUGUUAAUCGACCUCUUCAAAUUUACUCGAGCACCCAUCAGGUCACCCUGCAGUCAAACUCUGUGUGCAUAACAGGGCUGCUGUCUGUCUUCGCCUCACUGUCUGUUUAUUGUCAUUGGACGGAGAUGAAGCGAGGCAGCGAGGCCAGACUGGGAACGCCAGACGAGAUGCUAACCGGCUCUGCUGGAGGAGGCCUGCCAAAUACAUAUGUCCUUUGGGAGCCAUUAAAACAGACCUGCAACUGCCUCCAGCUUUUCUCUAUAGAGUCACCAACCAUAACAGGAGAACGUUUUCUCAUUUGUUUCCACAUUUUGACAUUUCUACUUCAGCAUGUAGGGACAAAUCCACAAGUUUAACUCUGUAUACUUUCACUCUAACCUUCUCAUUGUCAUUUAUGAUCUAUCCUGGAUAUUUGUCUUGUCUUUUUUCCCCUUUGCUGUACCCCAUCAUCUUCUCUUCCUACAUUGCGCUGCUCAUCUUCCUCAUCCUGUCCAUUCCUCUCUAAUACCCGUUAGUUAGAUUAAUAAUGUCCUGCUGCAGGAAACAGACUCGCUCCUCUGCUUCCUGCUGUCCUGCAGCUCCCGAGGCCUUAUUAGUUUAGAGACAGAAGGGUCUGUGAGGAGGAACAGUGUUCUCUGGCUGUCAGCUGACUCCUUUGGGACUAAUAACCUCAGGUGAUGUAGUGGACACGAGAGCUAAGGUUGUCACAGACGUCUCAGGGAUGUAUGGCAUGUGUAGGGUGCAGUUCUGUCAUGUAUGGACAAACUGGACAAGCACCUUGUUUGUUCACACACGGAUAUUUGUGUAAUAGCGGAAAUCUAAUUCUGCCUGUCAGAGCUCUCUGAUGGGAGUUUUCGAUUAGACACAAUUAUUUCCUGAUGCGAGUGUGGUCAGAACUGAGAAACAGGAUCUUUUUUAUACAAGGAUUCAAGCUUUUAUCUCUUUUUGUCAUCAGUUAAUCCCGUCUUGUGUUUCGUGACAUGGAGGACCAAAAUGGGGUGCUGACUCAGGCAGAGGUGAUGCGUGCCUGAGUGAAUAUUAUUUUCUCAGAGCUGGGCAGACGUCCAUUAAUUGGUUGAAUUCAUGAAUUUGCCAAAUAUCAUGAGACUUUUUCAAAGGAACUUUUAACAUGAACGUUUAUUUGAACCUUAAACUUCUAUUACAUCCUGUUCUUCCGGACCUUGUCCUUUCCUCAGUGCAGGAUCACAGCUCUGUGACAGCAGACAGUUUCUACCUUAAGCCUACUGAGCCAAGUGAUUUGUUAAGGCAUGAUUGACUUAGCUCUAAUAGCCAGCUCUUAUGUGAACAAUGAGAUGAAUAUACAAAUAAAAUUUUAAAAUUGAUUGAUCCUACACUUUGUCUUUUUAGGAGCAUUUUGUAUUUUUCAGUGGUUAGAUAUUGUCGUGUACAGCAACAUGAUUGUUUUGAAGGUAUCGAUUAUUGCAGCUUUGCUGGCUAGCAAAUUUAUCGUCAUUGUGAGCCUGGUAUCAGAUGGCCUAUCAUAUUGAAUUAUGUUGUAAUGCGUUCUGUUGUUUUGUGUCAUGCCAUAUUGUGUAAUAUCAUAUUAGAAUUAAAUGCUGCGUUACAGUUACCUCGGAGGUCAGAUGUCAGAACUGGGAAUGACACUUCACCGGAGUUGACAGCGUUAGUUAACAAGUCUGAAAACCAAGAUGGACACCUACAGUUACCCAUUGUUAGCUGUUGUUUACAGUUGUCAGCUGUCAUUGGCAGUUAUCAGCAGUUGUUAGUUGUUGUUAGCGAUACCAGUUGUAAACAACGCACAACACAGUAUUUUACUCUUACAAACUCUGUGUUCACAGUUAGACGUUAGGCAGUACAACAUAUACCACUUAUUUCACCAAAACAAAACAGAAGUGCUACUAAAUAAUACAUUACAAGAGCUUUCACUGUUACUCUUCACUGUUGAUGCUCAGUGCUGCCAUCUUGAAUUAUGACGUUGUCGUCAAGUCGGGGAUGGUGAGGAUUGUCCAUCUUUUCGAGUUGGAAAUCUGACUUCUGGGGGGCGUUCCAGAUGAAUUUCCGACUUGGAACUCGGAAAUCCCGACUUCCGAGUACAAAUAGAACACAUCAUUAUUGUAUCAUAUAAUAUCGCCUCAGAUUUUGAAAGGGCAAGAGUCACCCUGUUCUCCACCUUUUGACUCCUCUCUGCAGAUAUCCCCCGGCAAAUAUUACUCAUGACUAAUUAAUGAGUAUGAAAUGGCAAAUCAUGGGCAAAGUUUGAUUUCCUGGACUUCCUGGACCCCAAAGUCCAUGCCUAAGACAUUGCUAGAGAUGUAUUUUGUGUAGCUUUCAUUAAGAGAUCACCAGUAAUAGAAUUGCAUCAUGUGUUUUUUUAAGUACAGAUGUAAUGCUAAGACAUCAUAAUCCUAGCUUAGCAUGAGGAUUUGAGACAGGGAAAGCACAUGGCCCAAAAAUAUACCUACUGAGACAUGUAAAGAGGUUUGUGAUGAACUGGACUUGACUGUGUUAUAUAGUCCUUUUUCUAGUCUUCUGACCAAGUGAAGCACUUCUAUAUUACAUGCCACAUUCACUCAUUCACACCACAUUCAUACACUGAUGGCAGAUGCUGUUAUGUCUAGUGCCCAUCAUCAGUAUUAGCUAAUCCCAUUUACACACCUCUGGAGAGGCCAAUCAGCAGGGGCCCUUAUGAGGUUAAGUGAUUUGGCUCAAGGACACAUCAGUAAGAAGACAGCUGGACCUAAGAUCAAACUGUCAACACUGAAUAAGAGAUGACGAACUCUAUCACUGAGCCACAGCUGUCCCUGUGACUGCUCUCCAAGAGCAACAGAUUAUACGUCCAAAAAGUGAUGAAAGUCACAGUGGAACCAAAGAUCUGUCACAUUCCUAUUUGUGUUUUAUUAUUAUUAUUUUAUGUGUUUGAAAUCAUGACAUCGAUCAACCAAUAAAAUGUGCAACUUGGGCGUACAAAUCUGAGAAAUUGAAGAAGGCUGGACAAGCUGAAAAUCCUCCAGUCACAACGUUUUAUUUCCCAUUGAUUACACAGUUGGUCAGAAGCAUUUUAAGAUGAUGGUCUGUCAACUAUUGAGCAGUCUUAUUAUUGACCAGAUUUUGACAUAAAUAUACAGUUACAUUAAGAUGUAGCCCAAGUAAAUUCAAGGAAAUUCAAGUCUCUGAAAACUGUCCUAGCAUCAGUCAAAGCAGUGCUUGAGUUAAUGUCCCCUGUGUUUUAUCCCUUCACUGUGAAAUGUCUGUGACCUUUCCAUUUGGACCUCUCCUGCUGUUUAACCAGAUGUCAGCACUCUAUUUGAAAUAGGAGCGUGUCAUACUGUAAAUCAUGUCGAUUGUUUUUCAUACUGUAACAUAAACUCCUGUCUCCUCUCUCUGUUUUUUAUCCUCUCUUUCUCUUUCUCCUCCUCCGCCCUCUCCCUCUUUUUUCUCUCUCUCUUUUCUGUCAUUCUCUGCAGGUCUGAUUACAGUCCCUUAUCCUCAACGAGCAGUAAGUACACCAACUGUGACGUGUCACAUUGCCAAACACACACAGAGGACUUUAUCUCCCUAAAACACACAGAUAAAUUCAAUCCACUCACUGGGGAGGGUUGUGUUUUUGUGUUUACUUAUCGGUCUUUAUGACCUACAGCAGAUUUUUAGAGAGGAUUCAUUGUUCUACAGUUCGUGGGCUUGAUUUCUGAGCCACUACAUGUACCAAAUUCCCUGAAAAAUGUAUAAGCAGGUCCCAUAAAAUCUGGAAAACAGCUGCCACAUUAUGAGUUACAUAUCAGCCACUUGUUGAUGGUCAAGAGUGCUUGAACUCUGGGGUUGCAACAUGCUCUGUUUGCCGUCUUGUUGUUCUGUUUACUUAAAGUUAGAGCAGUUAAAAACGUGUUCGCAGAGGUCAUGACCGCUCUCCAGCCGGGUUUCCCAGCCUUUCACAAUGGGAGGAUUAUAUCCAUUAUUAGCCCAUUAAUCUGGUCUGCAGGAAGCUGCGUUAUCCCACCAACACCAACACCACACCCUGGACUCAGGGACUGUAAGACCACAUAUAUUUACAAACAGACGCACACAGUGAUGCAGCUGCGCUUGGUUUUGCUCCUUCCGAUCAUGUUUCCUGAGUCUUUCCUGCAGCAGAUGAGCUUCAGACCCUCAUUGUCUCUGACAUCUGCUGAGGUCAGGAUGGACAGUGAACAUGCACUGGCAGAUUAUCAGAAAAAACACAGGAAAAAAAAGUACUCAGAAACUAGAAAUACUGAAGGCUGACGUUACACUCAAGCUGGGAAACUCAAAUGUCACCCUGUCUCACUGUUUUGUUAAGACUGUUGGUCAUAUUAUCAUUGAGAAACUUGGGUUUUCACCACAAGACUGAAAAACACAUCGAUUUAUAAAACCAAGGAGACAUUUUAGAUGCAUUUUCAGUUAAAAACCUUUUUGAUACACCAAUAGAUAUCAUUGCAACACACUUAGAAUUCGCUUUUAGCCAGUAUCUAGCUUAAAUUAUGUUUCAGAAACAGUUUCAUAAUGCAAAAAAAAAAAAAAAAACACCUCGAGGAAUAUCUCUCAGUUGUGAUAAUACUAAUUUGCAACAGGUUGGUAACAUGACUGACUUUUAAAAGAGCAUUCAGAGAAGCUGAGUAGGAAGAGUUUCACCACUUUGUCAGGGACUGUAUCAGCAGCACACACUUCUACAAUUUCAGAAAAAUGUUCCUCGGUGUAAAAUUUUGGAUUCAGUCUCUGAUGAAUGAUAUUACAAUAUAUACAGUAUGUUAUAUCGUACAAUGCUACAGAGAGAGCCUGUUGUGGAAGUCAGUGCAUGGGCUCAAAGUCAUCCCCAAAAACUAUACCUGUGAUUGUAAUUCAUCACCGAUUCCACAAUUGAGCGGCCUUGGGGCAGAAAGCGUGACAUUUCUUAUUUGUUUACUAGCGGAGUCAACAGAGAAAGAACAUGACAAGGAGCUGAUAUUGGAAACAUCUAAAACAACGUCACAGCCUGGUAAAUUGAGUGAAAUUCAUGGUUAUUUCAGUGUUUUUCUGAUUUGAUACAAUGAAAGACAAAGUGAUUUUUCAAUGAAAUGACAUUUUAUUGCAAUUGUAACGGGGAGAACUUGCAAACAAUACGGCAUCUUCAUUGAUAUCAGUUCACUCCGAUGCAGGCUUUUGCCCCCUGGUUGCACACGCACCUAGUAUUGUUUGUACACAAGAAACCAGUCUAUACACAUGAUCCAAGGUGGUGGGCAAAGCAGGGUCUGAUGCUGUGAUGACAUCUUUAGGCUUUAUAUCAGUGCUGCCUGUAAGUUGAUGUAUGAAAAGAAGGGUGGGAAAAAUCAUACAAAUAGACAAGAGUCUAAUCCUGGCCAAAUGAGACUCCUAAAUUCUUUUAUUAUUCAGUUCCUGCUGCAGCAUCUGUAAUCCUCUUUUUUCAGAAUAUAGAAAGCAAAUACUUCCUAAAUAUCUAGUUAGUGCCUUUUUAUUCAUCCAAAACUGGUUCUGGUCAUGGAAACAAACACAUGCUGCAGACAGAUGGGUGACACAAAAAAAGAAACAGCCUGAGUUCAUUUGUCCAACUGAGUCUCACACUAAUGAUCACAGCAGAAAGGAAGGACAGAUGGAUGCCAACUGCUGCAGUGACAGAUUUUUCAAAGAUGUGAAAGGACAAUAGGAUAAGUCAUCUAUCUCAGCGCUGUGUGUGGCUGCUGUUUCUGUCCCCUGUGCGUGUGUGUGUUUGUGUGUGUGAGCAGGGUUGAGUUCAUUUCCAAAGGUGCAUGCAGCAUCAGUUUCAGAGCUCGCCUCCAUCCUCAGAAGUAUAUUUGGCUUCUGGUUUAAAGGGGACACUGAUGUUUAUACAGGUGGUCCCAACCCCUGUCCUUUGACCCCAGAUCAGACCAGCUAUAAGCCCCCCCAAAGGCAGACUGAUAUCAGGCUAAACCACCAACGUCAGUCUGACCGGGGUCAUACUCUAAUGAAGCUGCUGUGUGACAGAAACUGGAGAAAUGAAACUGUUUUUUGACUGUGAGCCCAUGAGUUAACUACUAAAGACCUCCACUGACGCAGUUUAGGGUGAAGCAUUGAACAUGUCACUGUAAGGUCGUGUGAACCUUCAAACAAACUUGACAAAGGCCUGAUGCUGAGAAACCUAACGUUCCUGUCAAAGUCUAUAUGACCAUGUUAGUAACUUCAGCUGAUUCUACCUUGGCUGUAAAUCUUAGUCCAGUGGUGUGGUCCAGUCAUUGAACCUUGAGUCUAAACUCCAAGUCAAGUACAUCACCGAAGCAUACAGUUUGCAGUUUUGGGGUUACCUUGUAUGGUGGAUAUGAGCUCAUAAUGAGAGUAUUUGUAAUUAAAUUGCUCAUCCAAAUAAGUAUAAGUGAAGCUGCACACUUUGGUUUUGUUUUAACAAUAACGAAUGGUAAUAAAAAAAACAAUAGCUGUGAACUUAUUCAGUCCACUAAUAUUAGUGUUAAAGUCCUCAUAGGUUUUACAUGCUCUCCUGUAUGAGGCUCUCUGAACAUCUGUGUGUAAAAUACAGCACUCUUUUAUCUGAGGCUGCCCUGAACACAUCACUCCGAGACGGUGCGAGACUAUCAACGUAAAUAUUAUAUCUUGCGUUUGUCUCCCUUUCUUUGAAGUGUUCAUUUUGCAACAAACACUGCUUAAAUAUAGUUAACAGAUUAAACUGACCUGAAUCAUUCCAAAUUGUAAAGUAAAAGUAUCAAUCCAGUGUCUGUAAGGCUAAGCAGAAACAUAGACAAUCUUUGGUUGUCUGGAAACCUGGCAACUUUGGGCAAAUAUAGUGAUCUGAUUCAUGAAUGAACAUGGACCAUGCGAACUACAGGAGAUUCUCAGGAGGUGGGCGGGAGAUAGGUCUGAAAUAUGGGAGAGUCCCGGGAAAAAUGGGAGUGUUGGCAGGUAUACACCAAAGAGGACUCAGAGUUGACUCCUCUUUUUCUGAAAAUCUGGAUGCAUGGAGUCCUGCACAAUUCUUUUUGCAAUACAUGUUGCAGCCUUGUUGCAUAUGGCCUUCAGACUAGAUUAAGGAGUUGCUGUUUGUUAUAUCCGCGUUUUUCUUUUUUUAGAAAUGAGAAGCAUGCCGUCAAGUAUAACACUGAUGUGUUCUUAGGUAGGGGUAGUUUUUAAAUAAAGUUUAUUUACAUGAGUGGGAAAGGAUGUUAUUGUGCAACAGAAAAAAAAAACAAGAAUGAAGCUCCUGAAGCUAGGCUAUUCAAGCUCAUUCUUUUUUACAGAAGUUUGUGAACAUUUUGAAUGUCUUCUUGGACUCACUUUUGGUGUUUUUGUUGUAGCCAAAGGGUUGAUUCGUAACUGGGAUUAAAUCUUGAGAAGUGAUUUAAAAACUAAUAAAGACUUUGUUAUUUCUUGUAAAACUAACAUUUGUAUCUCUUAAAAAACUGAGGCAAAGAUAACAUCAAUCAGGCAACAAGGCACAACAUCACCCAGAAUCUAGAUUCAACAUCCACAUUGCAUCGUGGCUUAUAUUUAAGAUUUAAAGGGAUAUUCCGGCAUAAAAUAACUUAGGGUCAAACACACCGUAACAUCAAGUUAGACACCCUGUCGAGAGAUGAAUGUUGCCGACCGCUUGCUUCUCUUUGGAUACCAACUUGAGUAACGACCGCAAGAUAGCAAUACACAGCGGUCUAAGGAGCCAUAAAAAACCUCAACCAAAAAGCCACUCUAUAGCCACAAAUAAUGCUCAGAACAGCACCUAAAUUCAUCAACAGUAUAUAUACACAGUACAUUUAUUUUACCCCAAAAUAUUCCUUUAAGUCUGAAAUAUUAGACAUGGGUUUUAUUUUAAACAUCAUUUGAGUCUUGAAUUUAGAAAGUAUUUUUUAGUCUUUCAAAGGCUGAGGUCUGUGCGUAAUUUAGAGGAAUAACAGUUUCAGUCCAGAACGACCAGUGAAAACUAAGGUAUCUGUCUUUCAUGCUCCUGUCUUCAGCUGCUGCAUCUUUACGUUUUUCAAUAGAGGUAAACAGGUUUUGAUUCAAGAGGCUUCCACUGAGUCCCGCCUCUAAAGCCCAAUCACAUGACCUCCCUCUCUGUUGGUCCCAGCAGAUGAGUGUCCAUUGAGGCUGAGUGACCCAUGACCCUGCCCCCAAUGCUUUUCUGCAUGUAUGUGUGUGCACAUAUAUGUAACACAGAGGGGGGUCGACUGAGAGAGUAAUGAAUGUUUGGGGGGCAGAAGGGGGGAAGUUUGAACUACACAGAGGUCAGACUGUAACAACAGAAAGACGCUAAGCUCACACACAAAUACACUAACAGAGACAUAAACUUUCAUGCAUGAUUUGUCACACUUGAAAAGCUUGAAAAUAUGCCGUAGAUGAAUUUACAGCUUGCAGAUGUAGGCUCAUGAAAAUUAAACUCCACAGCCAGAAUCCAAAAGAGAAAAACUUGGAUGAAAGAUGAAACGAAAACAUAAGACACUCAGGACAUCCAAAUUUCUAAUGUAAUGGUUAGCAAAACAAAGACCGUGAAAUGGUUUCUUCCUGAGAAAGACAGCAGGAAUGAAGGGAAGAUUUCCAAAACACAGAAAAGAAAAAUCAUGCAUCAGCAUAUUGAACAGUUGAGUGAGUCUUUUAUACCACGGAGGUCUAGACGGGGUGGAUGGAGGUGGAACAAAAGCCAGAGAGGAGCAGGUUGAUCAGUCUGUCACCAGCAGAUGUUUCCUCACAGAGACAAACACACUUAAUGUUUCCAUGAAGAAUUUUUCAACAAAGUCACAAUAGAGUUUACAAUAACCUGUCGCUGAUUUAAUUUCAACGCCUUUUUAAUGCUGAUCUAUUUUAGUUGGUGUCAACAAGUUUGAAAAAUUGUAGUUUUCAGUCAGUACCAAAUCCUCACUGUUUGAUUCAUCGUUUGAUGAUCAAUUCAGAGUGUUUUUAACAGUGCUAGAACAGUUUGUUUAUGAGCUGAUAAAGGCAUAGAGGGAAGUUUAACUUCCACCUACUUUGACUUGCAUUCCUCACUGUACAUGGACUAAAUAUGGGAGCACUAUUUAUCCAACCCAGCUGUGCUUAGGGUUCUAAUGGCUGAUGUGUGUUUGUAUAAGUUCCACUAGUAAUUCUAAAUAUCAUUUUUUAAAAAUGGUUUAUGUGUAUUUUGCUGAGAAAUAUUGAAACUAGAACUUGUGACUUACUAACAAACACAGCACAGAAGUCAAAUCAAAGGAUUCGUGCUUUGAGAAUUAUGUAGAAAAUGUGUUAUCUUUUUAUUUUUUGACUGUUGGUUUACAGAAAAGCACAAUACCACACUAGUUCUUUCAUCUAAUGCCUUUAAUUGUUAUUUGUCAUGGCAGUGAGUUUUCCAAAAUGUUUUGUUGCUCCAUUUUCACCCGAGUCACAUGAAAAUUUACUUGUGGGCUGGCAGGAAAAACUGAAUGUUUUUUGCAUUUACACACCCACCCUAAAAUUUCUGGCAAGUUUUAAGGAGUCUGGUGCAUGUGCCAAUUUCAUCCCGUAGUGAUACUCAGUGUUUGUUUUAUCUUUGUGUGUCUCAAGGGUCUGCAAAUGAAAGACCACCAUAAAAACUUUGAAAAACAUUGUUCAACUAUUCACCCCUGACUAUAUUAGAAUCUAUUGGGUGACAUUUCUUUGUAUAGGUUUUAUUUGAAUUUCACAUGUCAUUUCAAACUGUUCAUACACAUUUUGCAUCUUCUAAAAACCUUGGCCAUGGACCUGAGAUGAAGCGAGUAGUAUGCAGCCAGAGUAAACUUUAUCUUGUAGUGAUCAAAACAGACAAAUUCAAAAAUUGUCUGCAGACAUGUUUUGUUUUCUGUGAAGUUGUAAAGCCAGAGGAAUCCCCAGUGUAGGAGAGCAAAUGUGAACAUGCAGCCUGUGGGAAAGUUUGGGUUGCAUUGGCAUUAAGUUGUCACGGCUCUGUUAUGAUCGUGGGACAGUUAACAGAGAGGCUGUUAUCAAUUUGAUCAAAUUAGAAUCAGUAGCAGUGAAGCUUUUGUGCUUUCAGAAGCAGUUCAAGUCAGAAAAAGCCAGGGUGCUUUUGUUAUUUCAGCUCAGACAGGCAGCAGAAACACGUGUGGAUACGAGUCACUCCAAAUCCACUCUCCAAAAUGUGUCCACGGCCCUCGCUGUUCUUUAUCAGGCGUUGGAUUUAAUACCUGCUGGUGACAGUGCAGAAGUCUGUUAAGUCUCUCUUCCUUCCUUGAAAGAAUUUGAGGUCUGCUGUGGUUUUAACAGGCGCUUAGUACUGCUGCACAUCACGCAGGGAUGUAAAACUCAUACAUUUGAAAGUGGCACGCAUGGAGGUGCUAUGAUUCAUGUGGUUUUUAGUCUGUAAGUUCAGUGUUUCUGUUGUAGGAGUCGGACUGCUGUUUCUCCUUGUUUUUCUCCAGAACCAGAGAUUAUUUCUCUGUAUGUUUACACUGGAGAUGUCUUUGUUUUGAUAAGUAGAAGACGACAAAGUCACUCCCAACAAUUUCUGCCUACUUUGCAAAAUUGUAAGUAAAACACUCGCAUGUGAGACAAACAAGUCUGCACGCUGAUGUGACGUUCAGUCUGGCAGGUGUUUCUGGUCUCCCUGUUGUUCUGCUGAUGGUUUCGCAUUAGCAGUACAAUUUUCGUACACCAACCACCGAACAUUACUGCCACAGUGCCAUCGUCUUACAUUUUUGAGGGUCCAACUUACCUAGUGUACAGAACUCCAUUUUCCUUUCCUUUUGACCAGCAGCUAACACCUGACAAUGACAUGUCCACAUACUUAAAGGCAUGGUUGACGAUUGGAGAAGCAGUUGAAAAAAAACUGAGCUGUAGAGGCAGAUUUGAAAAAAGUGUCCCACCCCCCACACACAAACCUCUCCCCUCUGUGCUUCACGAUAACUCCCCCUCGAACCUGUAUUGCCCUCCCCACAACACACCCACUCUGGCAGAGCAAGAAGCCGCCGGCAAAAGAUCCUAUGUUAGCUUCAAAUAGGAUUCACCAUGUCAGAUUGCUAGUGAGUAGCUGCAAUAAACGCCAGCUCUGUUAGCGAGUACUGUCUGCAGCUGCCUGGACAGUUACCGUGUUGACAUUGCAGAGACUAAUAAGAGUUAUUUAUGUAACAUGUGCCAUGAUAAAAGGCAGAAAUUACCCGUUCAACAUAAACUCUGCUGUCUUAGUGUCUGUUUUCAGGCCCAAAUCCUGGCAGAGCUUUCUCCACCGCUUUAAGGAUGACUCAAUGUUUAUUCGAGUUAGAUCCCUCGCUUGGUCACGUUCCAUCUGCGACUCUGCCCUUACCAGAAGUGGUAUUUUCAUAUCCGUCUCCAUCACAGCUCCUGUAGCUAAGCUGCUACGCUACUUUUAGCUGCUCAGAGCUCUGAGGAGGGCCAGGAGAGUGGGAGGGGACGAGGCGGAACUAUGGGAGAGUUGUCGAAUACAGCGAGAUGAUUGGAUGGAGAGGCGGAGCUGGAGAUUUACCAAUCGGAGCUGUCUGGGACGGAUGGCUCCCAUUGGUCAAUGUUUUCGCAGCCCUGCACCUCCUAGGGUGAACAGAUUUUUUCCGUUCUUUUUUCUCUUCACCUUGUGGAGAUCGUACUUUAGGACCAUGAUCACCAUAUAAACGAGGUUCAUAGUAAUUACCAAUCUCUCCAAUCAUCAACCAUGCCUUCAAUAGAAACAGCACCACAAAGACAGACGAGGUGCACAAACACUUUACAUCUGGUCAUAGAUUUUAUAUUUAAGCAGCAGUAUUAUUUGAGAAUAAGGGAACUCAUGCCUUUGUUAUUUUCAGAUGUCAUGGUUGACUUUGUUUGACGGUUAGUUGGUCAUUGGAUUGCAUUACUGUGUUCCAGUUUGGCUCUGACAAUACUGUUUACACUACAAACAAAACCAGUUGCUGCACCCACGGUAUUUUUAUGCAUGCAGACUGAAGUUGCAUUAUUACGUUAGUUAUAUUUUGUGAAUCUGUUCUGAUCACUGUGAUUUCUUAGUUUGCGUAUGUUUUGGCUCUUGUGCUUGUGCUGUGUAAGUCUAGCUCUUAAAAAUACAUCAUAACUUCUGCAAAAGUCAAGACUGAGUGCAAAAAGAUUUUUUAACCUUAAAUUUGAAGUAUAAUUCAUAGGAUUUAUUCUUGGUUACAUGCUGUAUCAUUUAUUACACCUUGAUUCAAAGUGAAAUUCGAUCAUUCGCUACCUUUUUCCUCUCACCGGCAUCGACUUUCAUUCACAUUUACACCCAGACGCUCUGGAAGAUGAUGACGCACUCGUCUGUGUAAAGUACACCGCUGAGUGUCCGUUCUCAUGCCAAACCACUCUCUGUGAUGUUCGCCAAGACAAUUUCAGCACAGUCGGUUUGAAUCGCACCUGAUGGAACAAGGACCACCCAUUAAAGCUCAGCAGACACCAAAGCGCACGCUCAGACUCCCUUUGCCGUCUCCCAUGUUGAUCAUAGGGUAUAAGAUCCGGGCUGUGCCAUAAGGCAGCCUGGAUUAAGUGUUACCAAAUGUGCUUCUCUAUAGAAACAGUGUUGGACAGAAAUCUGUGUUUGCAGCUGAAUUUGCUGCAGUCAGCUGUUUGUAAACGCUUUAAUUGAAGUCAUUUGUCUGUCAGUCUUUUUGGCCCUUUAUGGUAAUGAGUUUCUGAGUGAGUGCUUACUGAGUUCACGUUAAGUGCAGUCUGUGAAAUACUUAUCUGCACUCAAAGCACAUUGAGUUUAUGAUGAAACGAUUGCAAGGAUUGAGUCUGAGGUUUAAAGUGAAGGUUCUUUUUACCUAGAACCUGACGCCAGAGCCGUUUUAACACAAAGGUCAAUAUAUAUUUUGCCCAGUGAGCUCUUAGUUGUGGGUUUGUCUGUCAAUUUAUCGAACCCCAAAGUUCAUCUCAGUGGAUCCAGAUUCCUCAGGGCCAAACUGCCUCGUCUUAAGUCUGCUCAGAAACCGAAGGUCACAUAAUUUGCAUUGCACUUGAACCAGCUCUGCAGUGACUCUGGUAUCCUUACUUAGCCUCCUGAUUUAAUCUUGUCCUUCAACAAUCUGUCGUAAUCCCUCUAAUUCAGAAGUUUGAAAGCAGCAGUGGUUUCAUACUGUGUAAUAGUUGCCAAGAGUUUUAGCUUUGUCCUCUUUGAGAUUGAAGCAUUAGCAGAAAUCUCAUUUUACUGUCUUGGAGCCUCUGUCAUGCAAAACAAACCUGAUCUAAAGACUAAACAGAGUAUUUUUUCUUAUUCUACUUAUUUACUGUUUAUCCUUAUCUUCAUUAAAGGCACUGCGAGGAGUUUUUAACUGGUUUAUAAUUUCACUGUCGUUAUUUUUAACGCUUUCAACCAUCUUAAAGGGGGAAAGUUUCAGAUCAGAUUAUGAUAGCAAGCUUGAAUUCACAGUUUUUGCACCUUUUCCACAGCACUGCUGAAAAUAUGAGAUUUAGGUCAGGAAAUAUGAGGUAUCAUUAUGUCCACAGGGGGCGCCAGCAUCAUCACAAAGCUCCUCUCAACAGCUGUAAAGGCUUCAUGUCAUACGCUUGUAUAGAUUAGAUAUUAUAUAACUAUCAAAGUUGUAGGGCCUGACUCAUUACACUGAAAGAAUCACAUCUGAGCAUGAAGAAACAUGAUGAGCGAACUGUUGCUGCAUCUUUAUUUGAUUUAUUUUGGUCUUAUAAUCAGUGUUUGAGAAAUAAUAGACUAUUAAAUGAAGGUGGUUCUCGAGUUUUAUUCCACCUUAAACUGCUAAUAUUUUAGAGCUUUGCCAGUGGGCAUAGUGGAGCAUUAGGCAGCUUAAGAGGCCACUAUUUUUAUGAGAAGUAAAUAUUAGAUUUUGAAUCAACAGGUGGUCAUUAACCUUACUUUAAUGUUUUUCCCUUCGUGGCUUAUAUAAAGAAAUAAUCAACCUUUGGCAAACAAGACAGCCAUGUUUUUUAAAUCUUCUAUCUGUGUCCAAAAGUUACAGUUACCAUGGUUUCCAAUUGCUUAUACUUUUCCUAGAAAAACACAGCUUAGAACCAUCUAAACUGGAACAAAAGUUUCUCAGUAGAUAUGUUUUUACUGAACAUAAAUAUUAAAGUCAUUUACAUUUUAAUUUCCUUGGUACCAUCAAACUGAAGCAUAAAUGUUGAAACUAAAAUCGUUUCUUCUUUUCUUCUCUUUGCGAGACGACAAAGAGGGGCCCUCUGCUUGAAUUUCCUCUUUGUUUUGACUUACACUGAGGGCCAAGCUAUAGCUAAAGCACUGCCUGCUGUACUUACACACACACUCACACACACACACACUCAGAGACCUUAGUUGAAUUUUCGCUGUUAAUCACUCUCAUAUGUGGCGGGGCCUCUAUAAGGCGUGUUGUUUUAUCUCACGUCAUCAUUGGUGCAUACGGCCGCAGCCAGCAUGUGUUGUGGGUUAGCACUUAACCACAGAGCAGAGCUAAAAGUCUGGGAGUAUUAGAGUACACAGACCUGUGUAUGAAUAUUCAAAUCGAUUUGGUGUGCGUUCAGGACGGUUGUGCGCAUGCAUGAGUGUGUAUGCAGUCAGCAGAGUCAGAACCUCAGCUUCAGCUCAAAGACUCGAGUGGAUUAAGAGCUUAGGGACACACUCCUCAGAGCUUUACACACAAACCCCCUUCAGUCCCCGCACAGGAUCGGGGUGACUUAACCUCCAGUUUAUUCUGCUCUGUGCCAGAUUCCCCAUAGUCAUUACUGCUAUAGGAAAACAUUACCUUGAAUGAACAUAUGACGUAUUUCUAUGGGGAGGGUCUACAAGAAACCCUCCUCAGGAUCAUGUGAACAUAGUUUGAGUAAGAUUUCUGCUGAAUUUAUGACAGUUUGGCAUUCAACCGUCAGUAUGCCCAACUACGGGAGAAGAUACAUGGCUGUUAAUGGUGGUUUUUUUUUUGCCUUUUAGAGGAUUAUGUGUUAAACUAUAAUAUAAAGAUGGUGGGUAGACUUUAAGUAAAUUCUCUUUGCAAAAAGUCUGGCAAAAAUCAAAAGUCCUAAAAGUUAAGGUGGAUGAGAAGAAGUGACGGGCAAAGCAAAGGAUCAAGAAAAGAGCUUCUGAUGUUAAAAUGCUGCAACCACUACAACAGGGUGGAUGCAGUCUCAGUAACAGACAGCCAGUAUACAUGUGCAUUUUGUCAAUACUGUAAGUCUGCUUUUUGUCUCUAGUCUGUCUUGUUGUGUUUUCUUUGUACUUCAUCUCAUAUAUACUCAUAUGUAUAUACUUAUACUUACUUAUUUACAUCUUAUAUGUACUCCAUCAUAUUUCCAUACAGCUGACGUGCUUCUAAAGAGCUGUAAAGAUUGUCUAUCAAGCUAAAAUACACUUUUUGGCUACCAUGGUUUGAGGUUCAGGGCGACUUGAAGGUACACUUGUGGUAGGAAUUUCAAAAUAAAAGACGACACUGUUUAGAUUUCCCAUCAAAUUUUUGGUAUCAUUGGUCAGUCAUUCGAUGGCUCGGUCCAGAUUGAUGGAUGUUACACCUCUGACAUGCAGUAAACACACAGUUUUUGUUUGCAAUAUCCCAGCAAAGAUGCUAAACAAGUCUUACCCUUGACAAUAAGAAAGAUAUUGUCUGAUAUUUUUGUCAUUAAGUAGAACUUUUAAAGCAAAGACACAGUCUCACCAGCAUCACCCAUCUGUUUCUGAAUUGGACAUUAGAGGAUUUGGUUUUUUUUUAACUCAUCUACAUUGGUCUCGUUUUUCAGCACUGGACAUGUCUGCUAUGUGGAAGCCUGCCUGGGGGUUUUGUCUGAACACAAACUUAGAUUUCUCUCCUACCUGAGUCUCAUUGAGGUAUGCAGCAGGUUUACCAAUGGCUUUGGAGAGAUGGGGAGGCAUGAAAUGAAGAACCAGAAAUGUAGAUGGUGAAAUUGAAGAGCAGACAGUGGAACUGAAUUAAAGAUAGAGCUGAGAUAUUUGGAUAGAAAGUGGAAAUCUUUCACUCUGGGCUCUAUCUCCUCAUUUGCUGUUUCCUAUGUGUUGUUUUUCGUGGUGAGUUUCUUCUCCUCAGGUUCAGACUCCUGAAAAAGGAUCCUGUGAGAAGUACGUAGGUGUUGCUGUGGAGAACUCAAGCUGCCUCUGUGACAGGACAAUAGGCUCGCCAAUAAAUUCCCUCAAAGAUCCUUCUUAUCCUUUUGUUUGGUGGUUUGAUGCAAGCUACAAAUUAAGAGGACAGACUUUGGACCUAAUGGGAUCAGGCUUGGUUUUUGUGUGUGGGUGUUUGUGUCCAUGUGUGUUUUUAAGGAUGCCUUGGCAUGGACUUGAAACCUGCUGUGGAUUUCUCUUGAUCCUGCUUUGAUUAUCUGAUUAGACAAACAGAGUCACACAGGGACAGCUGAGGUCAGAGUUUGAGGUAGAAACCGUUUUAUCAAACAAGAAUUGGAUGUUAAAUCUGCUAAAAGAAUUUAAUAUCUUUCCAAUAAUCUUAUCAAAUCUACUUUAACUCACAUGCUGCAACCAAUUAGGUUUUGGAUACUGGUCAAAGAAACUGGCUCCAAAUUCAUCAGUGAGUUAAAUUUUAAAUCAUGUUACUCAGCCUCAAUCUCUGCUCGGAUUUUCAAUAUCUCACAUUUGAGGUUUCUGUUCCAAACACAGAACAUCUACUGCCACAGGGAGAAUCUGAUGCUUUUUAGAGGUUUCCAUAUUUUUUCAAGGACAAGAGAUCUGUUUCAAAGAUUUCCAAACUUCAGAAAGGUGCUUGUUGUUAUUAUUUAGAUAGAUUUAAAAUCAGAGGACUCACAGUCAUAAUAUCUGAGGUCUUUAGAUCAAGCCAGGCUGUAGCUUGGAUUAAUUCCAAGGGCUGUGACACUAAAAUGCUCCACUACCCUGAUGGAAACGCAUCUGCAAGGGGGCAAUAAGGUGACAGAGCUAGCUCUGCUAGUGUUAGCCUCAGUCUGCAAAACAAUUCAACAUGUUUACAUUAAGACUCUGUGAUCUCGAAUUUAGCUGUGCUGAGAAAUUUGUUUGUUUUCACAUUUGUUUUCUUAUCAUUCCAGUUGUAGGUUGGUCAAAAUUCAAAUUUCGUUAAAACAGCUCUGAGAUCAGUCACUUCAGAGCAUCCCUACCUGUGUGUUUGGGUAGGUGCAGAACAGCAGACUAAAGGAAAGGCAGGAUGAGAUUACUGAAUAUUUCUUACACAUGUCCCUGAGGAAAUCGUAAAAGAUAAUACAUCACUUUGUCCUCAGGGGGCGCCAAAUUCAACAAAACAAACGGCCCUUUACAGGGAGUUUUAGAUUGUCCCAUCAGUGACAUUUUCCUCGUGUCCCAGAGGUGAAUGUUUUUCUACACCUUCGACAGUCACCUUCACACAGUGUCUCUUUGUAAACUGAUCCGAACAUUCAGAAAAUGUCACCUCUUCGGUCCGGUAGAAAAUGCCCUUCAGCAAAGGCCAACAGGACUCAUGAGAGGGAACCCUGUCCCUGUUUAGCCUCUCUGUUUCAUGGAGGGAAUCUGGCAAGAACCGAAAAUCUCUGCUGUGCCAGGGACAACAAGUCUGUGUGCCCGACGGUGUGCCCUUUCCAAAGUGCUAGAAAACAAGAGACGAAAUGGGACAAGUCCCUGGAGAAGUCACAGAAACUCUGUAAGAAAAGUGCUCCAAAAAGCAAAUGAGGGAACAUGGAGAUGAGGAGAUAGAGUAUAAGUGUGUGUUGGGGGACAUGGUCGAGUGAAAACCCUGGCUUGUAUGUAGUUUGACAACACUUCAGUGGUUUUGCAGUACCUGUAUCAGGAUUUCAGGCUUCUCCUGGUCAGGGGUUCAGAGGAAGGCUACACCUGAAUGCAUCGUUCCUGCUGUGGUCUGGAACAUUCCUCUGGGCUUCAGUAAUGACCUCCUAAUGGCACUAAUGAGCCUCCGCAGAGGAGUCCGGCUCCACAUGGGUCUGAUGGAGAGGAGGGGGGGAGAGGGAAGGGGGGAAAGGUAAACAUAGAAAUUGGGGGAAAGAUGGAGUUAGAGCCGGAAGAGUGUAAAGGAGAAGGCUGGGAGUGGGAGAUCUGUGGUGAAGUGAAAAGAUUGAAAAACUUGAAGCAAUAAACCAAGUUAAGAUUGAAAUUGUUUAAAUGUUGGAGAGAGACUCAGCGUUCCUGGGAAUACUGAAAAAUGAAAAAGGAGCGCAUGGUAGAGAGUUAGUGUAGAGUGAUAGUGUUUUUAUUAUUCAAGAGGGAAACUGAGUGUCACCUCACUGCAAGAAGGUCCUCUGGUUCUGGGGCUUUUCUAUGUGGUGUUUGCACCUCUCCCCAUGCCAGCGUCCUUCCACAGUCCAAACGCUUGCUUGCAGUGAGGCAGCAGUAGCUCAGGAGAUAGUGCGGUUGUCCAUUAACUGGAAGGUUGGCGGUUCAAUUCCCCCCUAUCCUGUCCGUUGUAUCCUUGGGCAACACAUUUAACCCCCCUUGCUCCCAGUGUGUGUCCUCCACUGGUGUAUGAUUGUGAGUGUUGUGUGGUGGUUGUCGGAGAGGCCGUAGGUGCAAAAUGGCAGCCACGUUUCUGUCAGUCAGCUGUGACCACUGAGGUACUUUACCACCACCAAAGUGUGACUGUGUGAGCAAAAGAAUGAUGUAUCCAAUGUAAAGCUCUUUGAGGGCCUCUGAUAAAGCGCUAUAUGAAAUCUGAUGCAUUCUUAUUUAUUAUUGAGUCCAUUAGUCACUUUGGAUUUCAUGUAGAUGUGUCUCAAUGUUUGUCCACAGACUGGCCUUGUGAUUGGCUGGUCCCAGACUGCCUCUUGCCUAGUGUUGGCUAACAUAGGCUCCAGUCCCAAUACCGCCAAUGGGAAAAAACUAACUCCAACAAACAAUGUCAAUUUUGACAUGUCUGUUAGAUGCUUUUAGAGAAUCAGAACAUUGAACCGUUUUCUGAGUUUGUUUUUUAAAGUAAAUGGUUUCAUGUUUUCUGCAUCUCAAAGUCUCUGUUGAGUUUUUUUUUUCUGUUUCCAGAUCAACAAGCUGAUUAUAAUAACAUAUUUUCUUCUUCUCCUUUCUCUCUUUCUGCUCUGCCUGCUCUCUUUUGUCUUGCUGCUGUUGUAUGUGGAGGUGAGUUAUCCAUGGGCGAGCUCCAGGACCCCUUCCUCGUCAGUGUCCACCUCAUUGCAGACCCCGGUCAGGGGAACUUCCUUCAACAUGCUGCUGAUGCCGUCCUGGCCUGGGUGCACCCUGAGCUGCAGCUCUUCAGAGUCUCAGAGCGUGCCUCCAUCUCCCAGCGACCCCGGCCCAAACACCAGCAAAACGGCCUCCCAGAAGUAGCCUGCCAGCCGGCUAUGGCAGUCAUCCUUUUCCUCCAGGAGGGUUACGGGGGCGAGGAGCAGAUUCUGAAGCUGCACCACGCUCUGCAGAAGCCACCAUGGCGCUACCACCACACAGAAAGAGUCAGCAACGGCCGACGGAUGCUACCUUUGACACCAUGCAGUCAGGACUUUUUCACUCUGUCUCCUGGGACGCCACUCUGGGCUGUUCGUCAGGUGCAUUAUGGGAAAGAAAUAGUGAGAUUUACAGUCUACUGCAGACAUGAAAACUAUGUGGACAUGGUGCGGCUUUACAGGCUGCUGCUCCAGAGGAGGGUAGCGCAGAAAAAGGAGGACUUUUGCUUCUUUGUGAUCUACUCAAACCCAGAGAUGGAGAUUCAGCUGUCGUUUAAGAGGCUCCCACGAGGAGAGAGUCCUGUGGUGCUGGACUCAGCGGUGAUGGAAGUGAGGGUACGAGAUGUGGGGGCCCUGGUGCCUUUGCUGCCACACCCCUGCAGCCCCAUCAGUGAGGUCCGCUGGCAGACGGAGGAUUACGAUGGAAAUAAGAUCCUGCUGCAGGUGAGAGGGCUUUUUUAAGAUCCUAUGAUCCUGCUUUAUUACCUGCUAAAGCUAUUGAGACCGCCACCAACAAGACUAAUCAUUUUACUUUGUGUGGAUUUUGGUGGUGGCUGUGUACGGAGUGGUUUGUUUUCACUUUUUGCCUGUUCAGAAAGAGUUGUUCUCUCCCUAUCAGAAAAAAAUCUCUCCCUUCUUUCCAUAAACUUUGGAAAGUAUUGCUCCUCGUUUCCACUUGUGCAUGUGACUGAUGUCUGUACAUAAACAGAUGGGAGCUCCAGCGUCCAAUGCAAGGAAGUGCAUUUCUUUAGGGAUGGAAAGAAACCAUAGGAGCCAUGGGGAGAGGCUUGUACUUCUGACUGAAUCUCAAACCAAACUGAUGAACAAAACCUGGAGAAAGAAUAAAAAGAUUAGCUCUCUGAGAUUAAAUCAUGACUUUAAACUCAUUAUUUGGAAAUUGAAGUUAUAAUUCAGAUCUAAACCUCAUAAUUACAAGUUCCUGCUCAAUCAUGAAGCUGGAUCACUAUGUUCCUGACUGAUAAGAGGCAGCAGGUGAGGCUGGGGAACAUCACAUCCAGCACCCGGACUAUCAGCACUGGUGCCCCCCAGGGAUGUGUUCUCCCCCCCUCUGCUCUCCUCCCUUUACACUGUACCUCAGGAUCUGUCAGACUCAUGAAGUUCACAGAUGACACCACAGACAUGGUGAUGAGUCUGCAUACAGACGGGAGGUGGAUUAGAUAAUCUCAAUUCAGUCUUUAGUUUAUUAUCUUCAAACUCAAGGCUUUAACAUUGAAUUCCUCCCCAAAUCACAAAAAUGGAGGUUAAUCUAUAGAUUUACAGGAUAAGUGGUAAAUGGUCCAUGAAUAAUCUUAUGUAACAUGUUUCCAGGCUUAGGACUCAAAUCGCUUUGAACUACAUGCCAUUCAACCCAUUUACACACAGUUAUUUACUCAUUCAUACACAAACUCAAACACAUGGGGGAUUAGUGGAAUACCUGCUUUAUAUUUAGAGCCACAGUAGAGCUUAUUAAUGUCUUUUUAUCAUUAUAGUGUUUUAAUUUUUUUUUACCUCUGUUCUGAGUUCUAAUGCUUCAGGCCCCAAAUUGCCCCAAAUUGAAAAGAUUCUGUAACUAAAAUCAACAAUUUUAUAAAAAGACAAAGUAGCACUGUGCCCCUUGAAUUUGAAGCCACUUCAAUCCAUCAAUCGAGUCAUAAAUGUGUCAAUCAGCAUCCAUCAGGCUGUAAAAAGUUUGCAUGUACAAGUCUGUUUCACUGUAACACUCAUUAUGUAAGGAUGUAAGGACACACACACAUGCAUAUUAGUCCUGGUGUUGAGUGUAUCACUUUCAGAGGAGAUGUGUGUCCAGGUUGUGGCAGAUUAAAGCAGAUUAAAGUAGAAGUCCAUUACUGGGAUUGAAACAGCAGCGAGGGAAACGAUGAGCUAAUCUAUCAUGACAAUUGAACAUAUGCAUGAUGCUAAACUGCCACCUGGACUCAAGUCAUGGGGUCCCCUACAUUGUGCAAACAUAAUAUCUGAUAUCUUAUAGACAUACAACAAAAGUCGAUAACUUCAAUAAAGUCUGUGAACUUACUAUCACUGAAGGAUAACUUUUUACAGUAGAUGAGAGGUGUCCGAUUUAUCCCUUCUUCACUCACCUUCAAAGCAGGUAAAGUUGUCGCCGUUCUGCUUCUAGUGUAGUUUGAUGCAGAGACUGGAAUCAGGAUUAUUCAGCCAGUGAAAUAUGAAAGUAAUGCAAAUCUUUAUGACUGAACAGACAACGAGGAAGUGUAUUUCCUAAAAUCUGAAGCUAAUCCUUUAAAAUACUUUUAGUAUGUUCCACACUUAUCCUGGAAAUAUUUUUAUUAUUAUAUUAUAUUAUACUAUAUUAAAGUGAAGGUGUUAAUUAAGAGUUCACAAUUAAAGGCAGUACCUAUGAAGUGAUGAGAAAAUAAUCCUGGAGCAUUAAAUAGGAAACUGAAUGCUAACUUUCACGGAUCAAAGUUAAAGGUCGAUUGGGUCGAUACAGUCCACAACAGAACAGUUUAUUGUGUAUGUGUGAAGCAGAAACUCACACUUUUAGAGCUCAAUAACUUUAUGUCUGCCAUUUCUGUCUAGGUCUAGGUCUACCUGUCAUCACUUUAAUGCAGCUCCUCACUUGAACCCAAAAUGACUUGACCAGUCUUGGUUUUGUCAGUAUUUCGCUCUAGUCUGAGCUGAGACAGGUGCAGCUGAGUAGUAUCAGAUGCUGACUGCAAAUGACUGGAUGCCAUGGCAACAGUGUUUGCUUUCAGAUAGAGAUGCAUUUGUAUUUUGACCAACAUAAUUGGUAUAUGUAGUGAAGGGUGUGGCUCCAAAGACUAAACCUUGUGGCACACCUUUAGUCAUGUCAUGGUGAUGAUUUCAAAUGUCCUUGUUUUUCUAAAACAGUCUAAAACAAGCAGCCAGAACAUGGGACCAAAGCAUUUGAUUCUUGAGCUGGAAAACUGACAGAAACGAUGGAGAAGUUUAAAAAAUGAUAAUUAACUGAAUAAUCAAAGGAUCAGAUUAGGGCUGGGCGAUAAAACGAUAAUAUCAAAAAUUAAUUUCCCUCAAUAUCGAUAUGAAACAUGGUUGAUAUGCUUUUCAAUAAUCGGCAUUCUGCCAUGUUUUGGUAGACUAUAGAAAAGCCAAUAAACAUGAAUGAAUGAAAUGAAUAAAUGAAUGACACAAAGACCUCACAGAUGCUUGAAUUUCAUGUAAAAGUAACAGGGAACAUUUAGGAUUGAAAAUAGUUUUUUUUUUUUUUUCAUAUCAUGAUUUAUUUCCAUAUUGACUGAUGUGAAAAAAAUAUAUAUUGUGAUAAACUUUUUCCAAUAUCACCCAGGCCUACAUUAGACACAACAUCCAAACAUCCAGAACUUGACUACAGACCAGAAGAAUAAUCACAUUUAUGAACCUUAAUAACACGUCCUCCAUAGUUGAGGAUUAAAGGUAAUUUGUGGUGUUUUUAGCCCGCAGAGGUCACGUCUCUGGCUGACCUGGCUUAUCCCAAGAUAACCACAGCUUUCAAGAAUAAGGGUCUGAUCAUCACCAUGUCAACAGCCUCAUUACCCAGCACCCCCUGCUGUGGCUCCUCUCUGUCCCUGUAGCAUGUUGUCCUUGCAGAAAAACUGAAUGCAUCCUGUCAUGUUAUAUUAGCUGAUGCUUUCACCCAAACGUGCGCAGAAAUAGCUUCAAGAAAAAAAACAAAUGUGUGUCGCUGACCUGCUGUAUCUUUAGGAUCAUGAAUCACUAACACACACAUGCACAAACUCAUCCUGGUUCAGCCUCCCUCAUGUGUCAUUAAGGUUUAAAUAACAGCAGCAGACAGCGACACUCAUCAUCUUUUUCUUUCCUGUGCGGGGGGAAAAAGUACAAAGCCAAGUACAAACUAAAAGUAGAAAAAGAAAGAUUAACAGAGGGGAGAGAAGAAAACACUUGGGUUUUUGUUACACUCUUAUAACAUUUUCUCCAAACUCUCUGACACAUUUGCUCAUUCAUCUUUGUGAGGGUUCAUGAGAACAGUAAAUCCUCAGACCCAGGACUGAAGUUUUAACCUGCGUUAUCAACUUGCAAUCUUGUUAACAAAACAUGAGGAGGGGAAAGGAAAUGAAUGAAAGUCAAAUUUUAGUCUCUUCUAGUUUUAUUUUCGGUCUCAGUCUGCUAGUAAAGGAAAGAUUAAGCCUUUAAACACUCUAUUGUUUUUCACCACCUGGUUUCUAUUCAUGUCUGUUCGGAUGCUCAGCAGGUACAGAUCUUGGCUGUAGUUUUAAAAAGAGCUAUUAAAGUACUGGGUCAAAGAAAAAAGCAAAGAUGAGAUCCAGAAAGUGAAAAACAGACCUUAAAUGAAUCAUCAAACUCCAUAAAUGUGAUGAAAACUGCAGGUACUGGUUAUUUUUCUUAUUUAAUCUGCUAAUACAACAACCAUAGAGUAACACAACCUGUCGCUGUGACACAAACACACACCAACUCGCAACUGUUGCCAUUAUCGCUUCUGCUUUUCGAUCUAAUUCUUUAUCAGUUUCUGUUGAUUUUCUGUGUGGAAAAAUAGGCCUAUAUGAGGUUUUCAGAAUCAACUUAUCAGAAAUACAACCUCUGAUCGGUCAACAGACCUAAACAAAGGUCUAAGAAUAGACUCUGAUCUUCUCUAUGGGAUUUAAACAAGUGUAGCCAAACUUUUGACCACUUGAGGUCAUGCGGUCUGCCAUGAUCCUCUUCUCACAGCUUUGUUUACUUACUAUGUCACAAGUGAAUUCCUGUUACACUGACGCAGCAGAUCCUGGCAGAUAAGUCCAACUUGAUGUGGACUACAAAACUCUUUUAGAUAGGUUAAAUGAUACAAGUGUCAGUAAAUGGUGGGGGAAAAAAGGCCAAGGUUAUGUAGCAUUGUUAGUUUUACAAGAUUCAGUUUUUUCAGUUUUGAGUAAGAGAUUUGAAGUUGAAGUUUUGCUCUGUUAAAAUAAUUCAGUUGAGUCCAUCAAGAUCAGCAGGAUUAUUUAUUUAAUGUCAGAAAUACAGACAUCAGCUGUUCCCUGCUCUGGUUUUAGUUUGUCAUGAGGAUGUGGUAAAUCACGGUUCAACUCCGCUCAGGAAACUUUAAAAUUUGCUUCUAUGAUAUUUAUCGUUUUGAGCCUGAACAUAUGGAAAUCUGGAAACUCCCCUCCUUCCCCGUACUCUUGAAAAUGAUUGUCUUGAGGCUGCUUUGUGGAAAGUUAAUGCUUCUGCUGCUGGUAUUGUUUGGUAGGAAAAAUGGACGACAGAGAGACAAGAGAACAGAAACAUGGAGAAACUAUCAGCAUGGAGACUCAGAGAGAGGAAAAAUAAAUGGGAAUCUGAACCAUCAGAGCAUUAAAAUGAAAACUGCUGCAGCUGCCUUACAUGCUGUAAAAAGAACAUUUCCACAUUUGUGUCAGAACAGAGGAGCCUGCCAUAUUUCUUUGUACCUUGUAAAUGAUAAUCAGACAGUAGAUUUGUGGUGCAGUGAACAGCACCGAACAGCAGUGUCUGUGUUCUGAGCAACAUCAGUCUAUGAAUGGAGGCGUGACACACAUGGGGUUUCUCCGGACUCUGAUGACUUCUCCAGCUGCUGGUGUGAUUUAUAAAGUGGCCCGGCCGAGAACAGGGGGGCGUGUUGGGCCUUUUAUAAACCCCAGGGUUCCCUGGUCCUCUUUUCUCCUUCACUUUGUGGUCUGUAUGUAGCGUGAGGAGAUUUGGGUUGCAUUAGAGUCCCACAGGGAGAGCUGAAUGGCCCUGACUCUGCACCAUUUUUCUCAGUUUCCCAUCUCUUUGUACGCCUUGAAAAGUUAGUCAAGUGUAAGGUCAGGGGGUUACAAUGAACCUUUAUUUUUGAAAAAAGACAAAUUAAAGGUAACGAACUUUACAAAAAAAAAAAAAAAUUCAAUCAGACUGCUUUUUAUUAAAAAUGUCAAGACCCAAGCAAAAUAUAGUUUGACAUAAUGGGAUUGAUAAAUUUCCAACAAAAGCAAAAUUCACAAAUUAGGUAAUCCCAAAUCACUUUGACCCCAAUCAUGGCAGAAACAUAGACUUGAUUCAGGCAAUGCAAAAUGUUCACAGAUUUAAAAAUGGCAGCAAAGAGAUUCAAAGUAACGCCAACGACUGGGUACAUUUUGAAAUCCUCUUCUACAGCUAUUUAUGGCCAAAACUAAACUAUCUAGUGCUUAAUGCCAGGAAUGGGUGUAUUAAAAACAGCUACACUAUAACCAUCAUAAAUGUAUCCCUCUGUUUCUCUCGACUUAGAACUUUGCUAUCUCUUCUGGUGUUGCCCAGGGUUUUUCUCCGGUUCUGUUUGUCAUCUUUCUACUUCAUUUUGGCCAUUUCUGUUGUAAAUUUAACACCCUGUUCACCUUUCCUCCUAACUUAUCUCCAUCUUCCUGCCCACUCCCCACUCUGAAAUCAAAUCCUUGCUCUUUUACAACUUUACAAUUUCUCUAUUAUUAACCAUGCAUGCAGGAUUGCUCAGUCACAAUAUAUAUGUUUAGAAUAUGAUGGAUUUGAUGUACACAGACACCACAAUUCUGUUAUUAUUUCUGCUGCAAAAAAAUCAUUACAAUUCCAAUAAAUGGUGCUUUCUGAGACUCAAUCUUGAAUAUUAAGAAGGGAAAUGAGUGCUAUUCAGAACAUUCAAAAGCUUCUUACAAAAAGGCUUUCUGGACUCGAGUGUAUUUUGUUGUUGGAUUCCUGAAAUGCUUCUACUACCUCUGUGCUAGCUUAUGAAGAUUUUACAUGGCAGGAUUUGAUUGUGAGAACAAAAACUUUACAUUCAGUUUAAUUCCUCUUAGAUUAGCCUGUUUUCAUGCUCAGUGGCUUAGUUUUGUGGAGCAUGUAGAGAAACUGUAGGAAUGUUCAAACACAACCGUUUAUUACUGACUUUCUAUUUUAAAUAAAUCUAUGAAUAUGACGGCUACAAAACAGAUUUUACCUCCUAUGAAAAAAAAAUGUUAUUCUGACUUCCUUGAAUUACCGUUAUUGUGUAGUUCCUCUUCUGCCAAUAAAGUUAAAGGGAUGUUCCGGCAUAAAAUUAAUUUAGGGUCAAACAAAGGUCUCGCUACAAACAAGCAGCUGCUGGAAGAGAGUGGGUGAGUUGUUUUUAGUCUCUCUGCUAAAGAAAUCAGGCAAAGUUAAAAAGAUUUUUGUGUUAGGUUUAGGGUUAGGGUGGCUAGUGUUACGGUUGAGACCCUAUAUGUACUGUUGACGAAGUUAGGUGCUGUUCUGAGCAUUAUUUGUGGCUAUAGAGUGGCUUUUUGGUUAAGCACGUGGCUCCUCAUACUGCUGUGUAUUGCUAUCCUGUGGUCAUUACUAAAGUUAGUAUAACUAGAGAAGCAAGCUGUCGGCAACAUUCAUCUUUCGAUGGGGUGUCUAACUCGGUGUUACGGUGUGUUUGACCCUAAAUUAAUUUUACGCCAGAAUAUCCCUUUAAAUUCUAACUGUACAGUCUGAUUCUAAAUGGUUGUCUUUUCUGUUCAGAUCCAGGGCUCCUACUUCAAACACCAAGGAGAACCCUUCUACAUGUCCUCCUCCAUCCCUGAAUCAGCCUCCGCUCCAUCCACCAUCACCCGCAGCUCCUCAUCGUCCUGCAAGAACCGUAGACACCAUCACCACCGGUCUACAUCUCGUCCCAGAGUCCACCAAACUUCUCACGGCUCCCACCCUCUGGUCUUCAACGAGCUGGACGAGGAGGCACAGUGGACUGACCACCACCACCCGGACAACUGGAGGUCAGGGUGGAGGGGCCACAGAUCUGGAUCCCUUUUCUCCCUACCAAACCUGGGCUCAGGCAGCUCCCGCUCCACCUGCUCCUCUCCCGGUCCCUCCUCCAGCCUCCAUCACAGGAGCCACUCCUUCAACAGACGCUCCUCUCUGAUUCCGCCUUUCAGGCUGAAUGUGGACGCUCUGGUUGGGGCAGAGGAGACAGAUGUGGACACAGGGGACAAAGUGAACUCAGACAGCAGUGUGGAUCUCACAGUGGUGUCUGCGUACAUCAAAUCCAGCCUGCCACAGACUCCUCGGCCUACUUCAGCUCAGUCGGAGGACUUUAAAAGCAUCCCUGAGAACUUUAACAGACCAAACUCACUGAGACGGACUCCAAACAGCUUCAGCAACAGCAGCACUCCCUCCACCCUGAUGGGGUCACGCCUGAACAGCCCGAGUGCGAGCUCCGGUGCUGCUCUGUCUCUGAGCGACAUUUCCAUAUACCACUCUGACAACUGCAGCCUCAUCAGCGCUCAGAUAGAAGGAGCAGAAGAGAAAACGACAGAGGAAGAAGAAUUUUACAUUUGAACCUGAGAGGACUCACUCUGGCCAGUACUGACACAGCUCUACUCUGCCCCCUGGUGGUUAAUCUGGAGUGAAGGAGGGACUUGUUUUAUGUUUGUAACUGUGGAUGUUGCUCUUUUUGCAUGUAGAUGUAUGCUUUGAAGCUGUAAAUGUAAGGUAAUGUAUGGAAAAAUUAUUACACAUAUAAAGGGUAAAAUCACAAUACUAUGUUCAGAUGAGUUAUCAGUAAAUUUGUCUGUCACAACAUUUUAUACUUGUAUUUUUUAAAGUUAUGACUACUUGUCGCUGUCAGUCUUUUUGGUAUUGUCGGAGGUUUUUAUUUUUGUCAAUGUUUAACUCAGAUUUUAGUCAUUACUGUGUGGAGCUGAAUGAUUUCAUUAAGUAUCGACUCAUCAGUCUGGAUCAGGGAGCUCUGUAAGGGGAUGCUGGAGAUGGUUGUUACACUUUCUGCUUCAAUACCAGUAAUUUGCUGGAUUUUUGAGCCUGAGGUUCUAAAUUUUUAUACAAACUACCCACGUUUGUUAACUACAAAAGAAGCCAUUUCAAUCUUCAGUCCUAACAAAUACAGGAUAGCCAAACAAAUAGCUAAAAGAGGCAAAAAAAGAGAACAAAUUUUCUAUCAGAAUGAUCCUGUUUCUCUGAGUGACCCAACACAACCCAAAUUGACGCCUAUAAAUAUAUGUAUAAUGCAUUAUAAUCAUGUUAUAGCACUGUAUAAGUAUAGUUAUAAACACUCAUAAAUGAUCAUAAUGCUUUAUAACAAAAAUCACAACACAUUAUAAAGCAUUUUAUCAUGACUUACAAGGUCAGGUAAUUUAAUGUGUUAUAACUGUUAACAACUCACUGACAAUGCCCACAUAGAUAAUGUAAUAUGUUGUAAUUGCUUAUAAACUUGUAUAACUAUCAUUAUAAACACUCAUAAAUGAUCGUGAUGCUUUAUAGCAAUAAUCAUAACGCAUUUAAUACCUGACCUUGUAAGUCAUGAUAAAAUGUUUAAUAAUGUGUUAUGAUUAUUGAUUUAAAGCAUUAUGAUCAUUAAUGAAUGUUUAUAACUAUAUUUAUACAGUGCUAUUACAUGAUUAUAACACAUCAUACAUAUAUUUAUAAUGCGUUAUAGAGAUAGGUGUCAAGUAAUGUGUUGCCCCAUUUUCUCUUUGACUCAGAAUCCAAAACAUCAGUGCAGGCGCUGUUUAAAAAUGUCAACCAGGAAAUCCAUAGAGGAGCCAUAUUAACUGCAAUCAAGACGCGUAUUUGAGAGUAAAGACAGUAACCUCAGAUUUAGAGUCAUUCAGAUGUUGAAAAUCUUCCGACCCCCCAGUUGAUUUCAGUCAGGCAGGAUAUGAUAUGAGAAACAUCAGCGGAGUCAGGUUUUAAUGAGGAUUAGAGCUGAGUGUCAUCUGCAUAUUAGUGAAAAUCUAUACUAUGUUUUUGAAGGAAUGGUGAAUAAGGGGGGACCCAGAAUAGACCCUUGAGAGACACCCAUCCAUCAGGACAACAUUAAAUACAACAUAAUAGACACAUGAUUAGAUUAUAUUCCAUCAAAAAUAGAUACAACAAGUCAAUAUUCACACCAGCACACAAUUACACCGUUAGUCUCUCAAACUCUUCACAUACUGACAGUCUCUGCUACAGGACUGAAGUGAUAUAAAACAUCCUUCAACAUGGAAUAGUCUGUGAUAUUUUGAUGUAACAUGAAGCUGCACCGCUUUGAUGGGGUUAAAGAUGUAAUUUAAUGUAAAUGUUUUCAGACAGUCUUUGAAUAUCCUUAUUAAAUAUCUACUCUAAAGUUCAUCAGGACUUGUAAAAAAUGCACCCCCAUGUGUCAGAUUGUUUUCUGUGAGGUCUCUUCUGUGUCGGUUAAUCUUUAUCGCCCUCUUGUUCCAGCUCAGACAGUGAAACCUUCCUCUCUCUCCACACUCUGAGCUCUUCAACAGGUGUGGGUCUACUUGUGAGGUCCCCUUUGCCGUCUGAAGAGGGCAAUCCAAUAACAGAGCACCGUCAUGGUCGUCAUGGUGAAGUCUCCCCGCAGACCUGGAGAAGUGACUUCAUCAGCCACCAAUCAGCACAGAGAGUGGUUUAAUGUGUUGUUUCCUGAGUGUGGAGGGCACACAUGGAGCAGUCUGGAAAACAGAUCAGGCAGCAAGGUGGGCUCCUGGAGAAGUUUCACAUAUCUGUCUGGUUAAAAACUGGGAGCUUAAAUUCAUCUUUCUCAGAAGUGGAUCAUAUUUUCUGUAACCCAAAAUUUUUUAUGAACUGUUGCAUAAAGUUUAUGAGGGGAAAGCUGUAGAAUGAUUCACAUAAAAACAACUUAAAUCUCUUCUAUGGAAAAAAAAACUGGUUGCAUGCAGAAAAAAAGGAUGUUACCUCAUAUGUCAGUUCUCCCCAAACCUUCUUAACCCUAGAACACUAUCGCUGGGUGAUUAUCACCUGACCAAACAUGUCUACGUGAUUUUCAUUAUGUUGUCUGACUAUUAUGGGUCCCUGGGUAGCUUCAGCAUUGCCUUUAACAUCUUUGAAGACAUAUUUGUUUCCCUGAUCCAAAAUCUGCUUUUUCCUACAGGUACGUGUUUGGGUGAUUUUCACCCAGCAAUAGUGAUAGAGGGUAAAGUACGUCUGGGUGGAUUUGAUAGCUGCAUGUAGGAAAUAAGGUCAGUAAGAGUGGUCCUGGAAUUUGCAUGUUAUCUUUAUUUCAGUUAUUUUGUUGCAUUUUUAUAUGGUCCCCUCAUGGCACUUUUUUUCCCUUCCUUUGGAUAUUACACAGUUAUAGAUUAAAGAAAACUACUUUAAUUCGUCAUGUAUUGUUUAGUUUUGAUAAAUUUUGAUGACAAGCACUUUUUCUUGGGUAUAUUAUUUUGGGUAAAAAUCACUGAAAUCCUAAUUUUAGAAAUUUUUGGAAAUCUCCAAGAUUAUAGUUGUAUACAUUUUUUUUUUUUAUCUACUGUGUACGAAUAUUGAAUUUCAAAUGUUCCUUGUGCUGUUUUUCUGUGUCAUUUAUCCAGAUUGAGGGUCCAUAAUGAAAUUUAAAUUAAAUUUAGGUGGUCUUGGUUUAACAUAUUAUAAAGGAAAGUUAAAAUGAAAGUUGAUCUUCGUGCAAAAGUAGUCUAACAUUUUGUAAACCUUGACUGAUACCGUUCAAGAGAGUCAGAUGCCUUUUGCUUCAGCGCCAAGUGUCAGCAGGUGGCACCAGAGCACAACAGAGAGAGGAAUAAAACCAUUACUGCAGGUACUUCACUAUCCGGCCCAAAACCUCCACAGUCAGAACUAUCCUUGCUGUUUUCUCCUUUAUCUUAGAGAGAAUAUUUUAAGUAUUUCUCACUCAUUCAGAGGGAUUCCUUCAUGAGUUCAUCAGCUGACACUCCCAUCAUCAACCCUGCAGCAUAUUUCCCAUGCUUCCUCAGAGCCAUGCAGAGCUCCUGGGAGAUGAGGGCUACGUGGGACGUGUCUCCUCACGUCGCCCCUCUCACAGUGCCAGCACUACUGGCUCUAAUCCUCCAUGGCGUACCUGGCAGAUCUCUCUGGCGACACCGGCUCUGAGCGCUGCUGGCGUUGUUGCAGCCUGGCCCGGGCCUGCACACCAGCAUCCCCUCUAAUCCUCCCCGCCUGCACUGCCCCAAAGCCCA